CGCUCACGAGACAGCCCUCCAGCGCUUUGACCCCUUCGGCCACCGUCAGCUCUGAGUUACUAUGGUAACUCAGCUGCCUUCAGGAUGUCGUUGCAAAAGGCCUCUUCGUCUCGGGUGUUCGUGGAACUGGUUCCCUGGGCUGACCGGGGCCAGGAGAACAAUCUGGUCUCGGGCGGAGAAACGCUGCCAGGCCUGCGCCGUCCCCUCUCAGCACAGGGCCAGACUUCGACCCGCGAGGUGCACGUAAGCGGUACCGCGGAGGUGUCUGCGAGCCCCGACCGAGCGCAGGUAGCAGUGCUGGUGAGCAGCACCAAGGAGGCCGCGGCCGAAGCCAAGAAAAGCGUUUGCCGCCGCUUAGACUACAUCACACAGAGCCUCCAGCAGCAGGGUCUGCAGUCAGAAAAUAUAACCGUAACAAAGGAUAUCAGAAGAGUGGAAAAUGCUUAUCACAUGGAAGCAGAGGGCUCCUGGUACACAGAUCUCAUAUUACACAUGAUUGUGCUUAGGUCAACAUCAGCAGUCCAGAGACCAGGGUGGUGGGCUCACAAGGUCUGCAUUACAUUUACUGAAUUUGGAAAAAUGCAAAAUAUUUGUAACUUACUUGUUGAAAAGCUAGAUAGCUCUGUUGUCAUCAGCCAACCCCAGUUCUAUCAUACUCCAGGUUCUGUUGAGAAUCUUCGACGACAAGCCUGUCUUGUUGCUGUUGAGAAUGCAUGGCGCAAAGCUCAAGAAGUGUGUAACCUUGUUGGCCAAACUCUAGGAAAACCUUUAUUAAUUAAAGAAGAAGAAAUGAAAGAAUGGGAAGACCAAAUAGAUGAUCACCAGUCAUCCAGACUUUCAAGUUCGUUAACUGUACAACAAAAAAUCAAAAGUGCAACAAUACAUACUGCUUCAAAAGUAUUUAUAACUUUUGAAGUAAAGGGGAAAGAGAAGAAAAAAAAACAUCUCUAAAAUUCCAACCAAAAUGUAUUCUGUUUGUAUUUUUUUGUCUAUUUUUAUACUUUUUAUAAUGUUUGCUUUUGCCUGAAUAUAUACACAUACAUAUAUAUAUAGUAUAUAAUGUGUUCUUCCCCAAAUUUGUGAAUCCUUGAAUAUAGCCCCAAAGAAUACUUAUGUUUACUUUUCUAUUUUUAAAACCUCACUUUGGGAAAUACUCUUUGGAAGUAAAUGUUUUAUGUGCACAUUUGUAUAAUGAAUUUAUGCUAGUGCAUGUGUAACUUUUAUAUUUCUAUUACAGGAAGAAAUACUGACACUGUUACUCAUAUGACUGUUAACAUUAAUAGAAAGAAUGAAGAGCAGAUUGUAAUUUGAUAAAAGGGUAAGGAAGUAUAUUGUGAAAAUAUUUUUAUGUCAGAAAUAAGAAAUAAUAAAUAUAUGGACCAGAUAAUAUAUAAGCUCUUCAUCAGGGCUCCUUUGAUUAUAACAGCACUCUCCACUACAAAUAUAAUCCAAGCCAUAUAUGUAAUUUAAAAUUUCCUAUAAGACACAUUAAAAAAAAUAAAAUAAAUUUAAAGUAAUUGUAGUAUUUUAUUUAACAGUAUAUCCAAAAUAUUAUCAUUUCAGCAUGCAAUCAAUAUUUUAAAAAUAAUCAAUAGGUAUUCAGUAUCAUUCAUUUUUAUACUAAUUCUUCAAAAUCCUGUGUAUAUCCUAUAUCUCAAUUCAGAUGCUAAAUUUUCAUCAGAAAUACUUGAUCUGUACUUAUUUUCUAAAAUUUAGUUGAAACAAUAGAUUCACACACCCAAGUUGUUCCGAGUAUGCUUAAAAGAUCUAAUAACUAUAUAACCAUUGUUUUUAAAUUAAAAUUUUUUAAAAUUUAAAAUUCAGUUCCUUUGUUAUACUAGCCACAUUUCAGGUGCUCAAAAGCCAUAGUGGCUAAUGGCCAUGUUGAACAGGGUAGGUUAAUACACUGAGAUAAUACUGAUCCUAAGGCUAUUUGAGAUGUAACCAUGUACAUGUCAUUGCUUUUACAUUACACAUCAUCUACAUGGGCUUUCCAUUCCCCACCAUAACAGCCUAGAUUUUUCCUUUGAGUUAUCUUGAUACUUAUAUACCAGUAUUUCUUUCCAACAACACAUUCCAGUAUAUAGUUUCCUUUUUUUUGUUUGUUUUAAUUUCACUUAUUUUUAUAGAGAAGGGAAAGGAAGGAGAGAGGGAGAGAAACAUUAAUGU